AUGUCGUUAAAGGAAGAAUUGACUAAACUUAAGACUAGCAGGAGAGUAGCAAAGGCUAGUAUUACUCGCAUUGAAAAGUUUAUGAAAGAUAUGGAUAGUAAUACAGUCGAUCUCGAUGAGUUAAAGCUGAAGGUAGAGAGACUAGAGGAACUGUGGCAAUCUUUAUUAGAGAUCCAAAUAAAUAUAGCGGUAUACGAUAGUGAAAGCACAGAUGAACAAGUCGAUUUAGAAAUAGCUACUUUGGAAGAAAAAUAUAUGCAUUUAAAAUUAAUAGCAAGUAGAACAAUGGAACGGCGAGUAAGACCAGCUUCCGUUACUAGUAAUAUUGAGCAGGCAUCGGAAAUAGUUAAUUCUUCUCGAGUAGGAACUCGUGAAAAUCUAGUUAGAUUGCCAAAAAUCGAUUUACCGUCUUUUUCGGGAGCGUAUGAAGAUUGGCAUCCCUUUUUCGAUAUAUUUAAUUCAUUAAUACAUUCUAAUAAUUCGUUGGGAGACAUUCAAAAGUUCCACUAUUUAAAAUCAGCAUUAAAGGGAGAGGCAGCCGAGACUAUAGCCUCAAUAGAAAUCUCCGGGCUUAACUAUGCAGAUGCCUGGUCAAGGUUAAGAGAGCGAUAUGAGAACGAACGCUUAGCGGUUCAGAAUCAUAUAAAGGCUAUUUUUGAAUUACCAAUAUUGAGAAAGGAAAAUUGCGUAGUUUUAAGAAAUAUACUUGAUGGUGUUUUAAAACACACCAGGGCAUUACAAGCUUUAAGGCGUCCUACAGCUCAAUGGGACGACUUACUGAUACAUAUUAUAACUGGUAAACUUGAUUUUAUAACUAUUAAGGAGUGGGAAAAUAGUUUGGAGACUAGAGAAUUACCCACAUUUCAAGAAUUUGUAGAAUUCCUAAAAAGAAGAUGUCAAACUCUCGAGGCCGUAGCCAGGAGAACACAACUUACCAUUUCAAACGUUAAUUCAAGACCAAUUAUCAAUGCAAAGGUAACGACAUCCCAUGCGGCGGUAGUCAACGCAAAAUGCGUGCAUUGUAAAGGGGAUCACCAAAUCUAUCAAUGCAAAUCUUUUAAAGAGCUUUCAGUAACAGAACGAUUAAGUAAAGUUAAAGCUCUGAAUUUAUGUUUAAAUUGUUUAAGAGGUAAACACAUAGCUAAGGACUGUAAUUUUAGUCAUUGCAGAAAAUGUUCUAAAAAACAUAGCACGCUAUUACACGAGGAUCGUACGCUUUCAAAGGAUAACAAGGAAAAUAUAGAGAACGUAAAAACCGAAUCAGAAACAAGCAAAACGAUUAACUCUGUAUGCGCUUAUUCUCAAUUCAAAGAAGUAUCUGAUAUUAAUCAGAUACUACUAGCUACUGCCAUAAUUAGGGUUCAAAAUCAAAAUGGUCAUUAUGUGGGGAGAGCGUUGUUAGACAACGGAUCUCAAUCAAGUUUUAUAACAGAGGAUUUAUUUAAAAAAUUGAACUUGACGGCAAAAGAAAAUCGGGUAGAAAUCAAUGGAGUUAAUUCAGUUGUAUCUCAUGCUACAAAAACGGCAAAUAUAAAAAUAACUUCGCGCUUCGGUACCUUCGGCACGGAAGUACAAUGCAUAGUAUUACCGAAUAUUACAAAAAGAUUACCAGAGGCAGGAUUCAAUGUAGCUAGGUUGAAUAUACCGUCAAAUAUUAAACUAGCCGACCCACAGUUCAAUAUUCCCAAUGAAAUAGACAUAGGAGCGGAUAGAAUUUGGGAGCUAAUAUGUGUCAGUCAAAUAAGAUUGGGAAAUAAAUUGCCGGUGUUACAAAAAACAUUAUUAGGCUGGAUAGUGGCGGGUCCUCUAGGUAUUACGGGGUUAGAACAAAGAACACAAACGCAAUGUAAUUUAAGCAAAAUAGAACAGUUAAACGAUACUAUGCAUAAAUUUUGGGAAAUCGAAAGAUAUAAGCAGGAAAAUAUAACUUGUCUGAGCAGGGAAGAAGAUUAUUGCGAAAAGUUGUUUAGAGAAACUUAUAAGCGCCAAGCGGACGGUAGAUUUGUAGUAAAAUUGCCCGUCAAGGAAGAGGCCUUAGCGGUAUUAAAAGAUUCAAGAGAAAUAGCCUUAAAAAGAUUUCUAAGUUUAGAAAGAAAGCUGGCAAGAGAAUCAGAGUUAAAGGUAGAAUAUGUUAAAUUUAUGAGAGAAUACUUAAAGCUAGGACAUAUGAGACACAAGAUAAGUACGCAAGGGAGCGAAAAUCGAAUCUUCCUACCACAUCAUGCGGUAGUAAAGGAAGACAGCGUAACUACCAAAACUAGAGUCGUUUUUGAUGCAUCGAGCAAAGGGAGUGCAGGUGGAUCGUUGAACGAUGCUCUUUAUAAAGGACCCAUCUUACAACAGGAUUUAUUUGCAUUAAUAAUACGAUUUCGAUGUUUUAAAUACGUCUUAUGCGCGGAUAUUUCUAAAAUGUAUAGACAAAUUUUGAUACACGAGGAACAAACUCCAUUACAGAGCAUUUUGUGGCGGGAAGAUUCGGAAUCUGAAAUAGAAGAGUUUGAGCUAUUAACAGUAACUUAUGGGACCAAGCCAGCUUCCUUUUUAGCAGUCAGAUGUUUACAUCAACUCGCAGAACUAGAAAAGAAAAAUUUUCUCAAGGCUGCGGAAGUGAUAACCAGAGAUUUCUACAUGGAUGAUUUGCUAAGAGGAGGAAAUACAGUUCAAGAAAUACGAGAUCUAAAGGUAGAAUUAAUAGAAGUAUUAGCAAAAGGCGGUUUUGAAUUGCAUAAAUGGAAUACUAAUGUAAAGAACAUGGAAAAUGAUAGGCAAAGUAACAAGGCAGUAGACAUCAGUAAAGUAGAAGGUUCUAAGUUAUUGGGGAUACUGUGGGAACCCCACAAAGAUACAUUCCAUUAUCAAGUGGAAACGAGGGAUUGCGAUGCACGUGUAACUAAGCGAGCUAUUUUAUCACAAAUCUGGUUGGACUGGGACGAAUCAGUCCCAAUGGACAUACACGAAGCAUGGAGCAAAAUGAGAGCUCAAUUACAUUUACUUAAUACCUUAAGAAUUCCUAGGCUAAUAUUGUCAGUUUUGGCAUGGAUAAAAUCGGAUUCGCGGAAAUGGCAAACUUUUGUGGCAAAUAGGGUUAGCGAGAUACACGAUAAUUCUUCACUUUCCGAGUGGCAUUAUGUAAAGUCACAAGAAAAUCCCGCUGAUUUAGUCUCCCGGGGGAGGACAUCGGAGCAAUUAAUACAAGAGAAAUUAUGGUGGAAAGGACCUGAUUGGCUAAAAAUAAACAGUAAGGCCUGGCCUGAAGAAAGUGAGGAGUUGUCGUCUAAGGACGUUCCUGAAGGACGUAAACAAGCAGUGAUAGCGAUAGCUGUAAAGAAAGAAACAAUUAUAGACUGUCAAAGAUACUCGACGUUAAAUAAGUUAUUGCACGUGGUGCAGCUUAUGUAUUAA